CAACGAGGUCAUGCCCGGAUCUUUUGGAGUUGUCACCUGUGAACUAUUUUCAGUUCGCACGUAGAGUACAUAGAUUUGUCACUGAGAAAAAAUUGUCGGCAUCCGCAAGCUACAGAUCUCUUCUUCAAACAGAAAAAUAACCAUGAAUUUAUCAUCGAUACAAUUCACCACGUUCGAACCAAUUUUGUUUGAUGAAAAUAAUGGAACAUUGAAUAAAACUAUGGAUUAUAUCUUCGAUCGAUUAUAUAUCAGAGUUAUUUUUAUUACUCUGUAUAGUAUCGUUUUUUGUUUAUGCGUAUUCGGCAACUUACUGGUGAUUCUCGGAGUAACAUUAAGUCGUCGAUUACGACCCAUAACAAAUUUCUUUUUGGCUAAUCUGGCUGUUGCCGAUUUCUGCGUUGGAAUUUUUUGCGUAUUCCAAAACUUAUCCAUGUAUUUAAUAUCUUCUUGGAUCCUCGGCGACUUCCUCUGCAAAAUGUAUUACUUCGUAAAUACCCUCAGCUACACUGCGAGUAUAUUUAUCUUGGUGGUUAUUUGCACCGAACGUUAUUUUGCGAUAAUUUAUCCUAUUACGUGCAAACAGAUAUUAACACCAAGAAGAUUAAGGUUGGUGAUACUCGGAGUUUGGUUAACGAGUGCACUUUACAGUUCUCCAAAGUUUCUUUGGUACAACGUCAUCACCGUCGAGGGGGAACAUGGAAAUGAAACAAUCUGCAUAAACAAUAGGAUGAAAUAUAAUACUGAAAUUUUUGAUAUCGUCAAUUUCGUUUUGCUUUAUGUCAUUCCAUUAGCUUUGAUGAGUCUUCUGUAUACGAGGAUUGCGAUACGACUUUGGAGAAGUUCGGCAAUGCUUGAAAAGCAAUUGAACGCAUCAAACACUAUCAGUUAUCAAGGUCUAACAAGAUCGUUAUCUGGUAGACAGAAACAACAAUUAGAAGCUAAGAUGAGUAAUGGUGAUUCGAAACAACAAUCAAUUCAAGCCGCAGCUCAACAAAGCUUCCUACCAAAUCCUAAUUCCAGUCAGAACGUAUUACGAGCACGACGAGGUGUAAUUAGGAUGCUAAUUAUCGUGGUAUUAGCAUUUGCCCUGUGCAAUUUACCAUUGCACGCUAGAAAGAUGUGGCAGUACUGGUCGACGCAGUAUCGAGGUUAUACCACUUUCAGCGCCCUUUUCACCCCGCUUACCUUUCUCGUAACCUACUUCAAUUCGGGCAUCAACCCUCUACUUUAUGCUUUUCUAUCUAGGAACUUUCGUAGGGGUAUGCGAGAAAUUUUAUUGUGUACUGGCUUAAAUAGACGUCGUCCGAGUAUGCGGAAUCAGUUUACGAUGGGUUUAAAAGGAAUGCAUAGACAGGCUUCGACACGUUCGACGAUGAAGAACGCCACAACAGUCACGAUGUUGAAUAAUGAUCCGAGCUCGGAGUGUAGUCAUGAAGUAUGAGGGUGCGCGUACUGUCUCUAUUGCUCGCGUUACAAUUAAACGAACGAGGGAUGUAAGAGAUACAAUCUUUAGGAGAGAUAAAGAGCUAUCAAAAUAAUCAACAAAAAUCUUUUUUAUUUAAUGUAUUUUAAAUUUUUCAAUCACGUUGAUAAAAUCUGCCAAAAUAUUUUUUUCCUAGCAAAUUAGCAAUGUUAGCUCAUCCCAUUUUCUUAAUUCUUGUACUAUUUUAUAAUAUAACGCGAAAAUGGUGCUUUUGUGUCGAUUUGAAAAACUUUUUUUGUAUUGAUGUUGAUUAUAAAGAAUGAAUUUUGAGAAAAAGGAAAUAAAAUUAUUAAAGUUCACUAUAAAGUAUUAUAAGAUUAAAGUGAGAUUGUGAUCUGUCAUUUUUGUUUUAGUUGGUUUUUUUUAACAUGAGGAGUAAAUCUUUGAUAAAAAUUAUUAUUCUUUUGAGAUUCUAGUGAUUACAAGAUAACUCAGACAUAAAGAUCUAGUAUUUUUUUACUAAUUAUAGUAAUUUAGCCUAAUAUGAAGUGGGUAUGUACAAAGAUCAAUAAAAAACAAGACGCGAAAACGAGAAAAACUAAGUCAAUAUUAACAAAUUUAGUAACAUUGGGCACCAACAUGUGAUCACGAUUCUUAGUAAUGAGUAGUGGUGGAACGGAUAUAUGUGGCCUAUCCGGCCAUUCUU